AUGGAUAGUUAUUUAAUAUUCGAAAACUUUCCAGUUGAGAUUAUGGAAGAAAUAUUUUAUUAUUUACCAUCUGAUGAGCUUCAUCGGUGCUUUUUUAAUUUAAAUUCCAGAAUAAACUUAAUUCUCAGUGGCUUUAAAUGGAAAGUUGAAUGCUUCAUUCAAAAUCAAAAUUAUCUUCAUCAUAAUGUAUUGCCCUAUUACUUUGAACAAAUUUAUUAUUUGAAUAUGUGUGAUAAAAAUUUAUCACGUCUCGAAUUGCACAAGUUCAUUAAUUUACGAUCUCUAACUGUAUCUGUUGUAUCAUGUAAAAUUAAUGAUAAUCUUUCAUCGUCCUUGUCAAUGUUAAAACAUCUUGAAAUAUUACAAUUGAUGUGUAGUGGUCCGAUUUAUGUUAAUUGCAGCCUUCUGUUUUCAUGUCCAACGUUGAAACGUUUGAAAACAUCCUGUCUUUAUCACAACAAUUCAGUACAUCCGUUAACAUCACAAUCGAAUCUUGAAUAUUUACAUUUACAUUGUUCAUGUGCAUUGGAACAUAAUUUUAUUCCAGUUCUACAUUAUACACCAAAAUUACGCCGAUUAAAUCUAUACUUAAAAAGAUUAUAUAAUAAACCAAUAACAAAUCAAUCUUUCGUGUCAAGUAUCACCAGUUUGAAAUUAACCGUUUCUAGUUCGAAUGAUCUCAAGCAAGUAGAAAUGUUAGUAAAGUAUUUUCCAAAUAUAGAAGAUUUUGAAAUCUCGACAGACAGCUACUAUUUGCAUGCAAUAGACCCAUAUCAAUGGAGAAAUAUACUAUUAAAAUUAUUGCCAAAUUUAUAUCAUUUUUGUCUUUCACGAAGUGAAAGUUAAUCAGUAUUUAUUACAGUUUAUGAUAUCAAUUUCAAAUAAAUGAGAAAGAACGUGACAUAUAUAGCAGUUAUAAACCGAAAAGAAAUUUUCCCACAAAAGAAGCCGCUCAUAUAGCAAGAGAUAUUUCAACAAUAUGAUUAAAAAUAUUAGGUUGAUGAAAAAGUUCGUGCGCCGUGUUAAAAUAAUGAUUUUUGAUAUAUUUUUUUUUGUGUUUUUGAUCUGGUUUUGUGGCUAUUAUGAAAAUUUAUUGAUUUUUGAAACGCUUGAACCAUUUCUGUGCAGUUCGCG